AUGGACCCGACGCAGCUGCACGCGCUCAUCAGUUCCGCCUUCAAGGCACGCGAUAACGCGCACGCGCCGUACUCCAAGUUCCGCGUCGGCGCCGCGCUCCUCUCCUCGUCCGGGGCCCACAUCGCAGGGUGUAACGUCGAGAACGCGUCCUACGGCGCCGGUAUCUGCGCCGAGCGCACCGCCAUCGUCAAGGGCGUCAGUGAGGGCGAGAAGCAGUAUACUGCGGUCGUGGUGGUGUCCGACGUCCCCACCCCCACCAUCUCGCCAUGCGGUAUCUGCCGCCAAUCGCUCCGCGAGUUCUGCCCCCUCUCCACGCCAGUGUACAUGGUCGCGUCGACAUACCCGGCCCUCGCGCCCGCCGACGGGCCGGCGCCGGCCUUCCUCGCCCCCGGGGAGCCGUGGCCGCGCACCACGGACGAGAAGGUCGUUGUUGUGCUUACCCUUGAGCAGCUGCUCCCCAUGUCGUUUGGGCCCGACAACUUGACCUAG